AAGAAAAGGGUGUAAGCGAAAAUAUUGACUUCAUUCCUUGCCAGCAAAUUAUGAACGCUGUAAACAUUUCAUAGCAAUCAUAACCAAAGGUUAUCUAUUAUAUUGACAAGAUAGCCCAGUGACCGCUCUAACAAUGGAAAUAUAGGUCCUCAAUUAGUAAAGGCGAGUGAGGUCAGGUGGGACCACUUUAGCCCAUAGACAAUGUGUGCGCGUCCUCCGCUAUCAUUACCACCAGUUGGCCAGCGCCUCAGAGGGCAGAUACCCGUGUGAACAACAGGCACAAGUAGUAAGAUGUUGUGUUCGUAAAUUACAUCUGGAGUGCCAUAGUGCGCACUCGAGCUUGCAAGCUACUUCGAGACACAAACGAGAGCACCCCUCACUCUGACGAUUUUACCAGCCCCAGCAGAGCUGUUUAGGGCUGUGUUCAUACUAACUUGAUCGUUAGUGACCAACUGUGCUGCUAGCAACAAUUUCAUACCGUUUUUUAAACCACCUUUUGCGGACACCUGUUGUAUUCAAAGGGUGUUGCGCGUUUGUAAAUCAUCAGUUAUUCUGCUCUGACACUCAAACGAGUAGAUAACCUCAAUGUACCAACGCACCCGACCGGACUCGUUUUUCUCAACGUUGCUGGAAUGCCACGUGCAUCCACUUAUAUCAGAACAAUUAACAGCCUGAACAAUACGAAACUUUUUUAAGAUCAAACAAGUAAUUCGACACUAUCAUAAACCUCCAUAUUAAAAAGGGUUUAUCUUUUGGGCGGAGUAAAUUCUCACUCCAUAGGGCUGGACCAUACAUUUACAUUUACAUUUAAGUCAUUUAGCAGACGAUAUAAGUACACCUGACCUGCACGCUUUCCUGAAUUUAAUAGACUGCACAAGACCAAAACAAAUCAUAUUUCGAUAAAUGUUUAUGUUUAACAGACUGUCUGCAGUCGGUUAGUUAGCGUCGAUUCGUAGCUACGAAAACUCCCUCAUCUGUCAACAUCACCGGGAAAUGUGACGUUACUUUCUGUCUGGAAGUGUAGGAGUUGGUGGGCUCAUAUAGGAUACAACUGUCCGUAUCAGACCCCUGGUAUGGUACCAAUAGACCUGCUGUGAUAUGUACUCUACUAUCCACUCGUCUGCUCAUCCGUGUUGGGCUCGUUAACCAGCUUAGCGGUCUGCUGAUGAAAUGGGUCACACACAGCUGGUAAUUAGCUAGAUCGGAGGAUCAUUUAAAAGUCUAGUUCUCUUCAAUGACUGUAUUUUGGGGACAUUAUUUUCAUACACUGGAUAGUGGAUACGCUUGGUGGUGGUGGUGUUGUUGAGUCAAUGACGACAUGCUCCACUAAUUUCCCGGCGCUGUAACAUGUUUGUAGUGAAUGUUCCUGGCAACGCGCUAGGCUGUUAACUACAUUAGGCAUCUAUCUAGCUUGCUAACUAGGUAUCGGUGACUGCUCAAUCUGCUCCGGAGGCCCAAGACUGGGAGAAAUAAAAGUAGUCCGUUUUUUUCGAAAAUCAUGAACAAUUGCGAAUACCAACAAAUCGAACCGCUGUCACUUCCAACUCCGCGACCCGCAGCUGUAGAAGAAGAGGAAAAGGCACGGAGAAAAUGGGAAGUUUUCCCCGGAAAGAAUCGCUUCUACUGCGAUGGACGGCUCAUCGUGGCUCAACAAAGCGGUGUCCUGCCACUCACCCUCGGCCUCAUUCUUGUCACCACCGUACUGUUCUUUGUAUUUGACUGUCCCUUCCUGGUGAAGCACCUGACUGUGUUCAUCCCAGCGAUUGGAGGAGUUCUGUUUGUGUUCGCUGUCAUCUCUCUCCUGCAGACCAGCUUCACUGACCCUGGCAUCCUGCCCCGGGCCACGCCGGACGAGGCCGCGUACAUUGAGAAGCAGAUCGAUAACUCUGGCUCUUCCACCUACCGACCCCCUCCCCGCACCAAGGAGGUGGUAAUCAACCAGCAGGUAGUGAAGCUCAAGUACUGUUUCACCUGCAAGAUGUUCCGGCCACCGCGCACCUCCCACUGCUCCCUCUGUGACAACUGUGUGGAGCGAUUCGACCACCAUUGUCCCUGGGUGGGGAAUUGUGUUGGGAAGAGGAACUAUCGUUUCUUCUACACCUUCAUCGUCUCUCUAUCCUUCCUGACAGCCUUCAUCUUCGGCUGCGUCGCCACACAUCUCACACUGAGGGCACAAGCGGGGAGAGGCCUUAUUUUUGCUCUUCAGGAGAGUCCAGCCAGUGCUGUGGAGCUGGUGAUUUGCUUCUUUUCAGUUUGGUCCAUAUUGGGCCUCUCAGGCUUCCAUACCUACCUGGUUGCUUCUAACCUGACCACAAAUGAAGAUAUCAAAGGCUCGUGGUCGGGGAAGAGUGAGGUGGAGGACACCGGUAACCCCUACAGCUAUAACAACAUCAUGACUAACUGCUGCUCUGUACUCUGUGGGCCCAUGCCUCCCAGUUUGAUUGACAGGCGAGGCUUCGUACCAGUGGAGCAGUCAUCGCAGACAGUUUCCAUGGAGAUGGUGCUGCCCAUGCUGGCUGCUAAGGAGAAUAAAGUGGUAGGAGGGCCCACGCCGUCCCAGCUGCCCCCCUCCCGUGCCUUGCAGGUUACCCCCUCCCCUCUACCUGCAACCCCCCCCCAGCCUGACUGGCAGACCUCAGUUUAGUUGCCUGUUCUAACACUGUUUCCUGACUGGCUGUUGUGUAUGGGGUCACCCUCUCAUGACAGUCUCAGACCAGUGUACUGUAUUACUGUUGGUCAGGAUCCAGUACAGACCAGUGUACUGUAUUACUGUUAGUCAGGAUCCAGUACAGACCAGUGUACUGUAUUACUGUUGGUCAGGAUCCGGUACAGACCAGUGUACUGUAUUACUGUUGGUCAGGAUCCGGUACAGACCAGUGUACUGUAUUACUGUUGGUCAGGAUCCGGUACAGACCAGUGUACUGUAUUACUGUUGGUCAGGAUCCGGUACAGACCAGUGUACUGUAUUACUGUUGGUCAGGAUCCGGUACAGACCAGUGUACUGUAUUACUGUUGGUCAGGAUCCAGUACAGACCAGUGUACUGUAUUACUGUUGGUCAGGAUCCAGUACAGACCAGUGUACUGUAUUACUGUUGGUCUGGAUCCAGUACAGACCAGUGUACUGUGUUACUGUUGGUCAGGAUCUGGUAUUCAGGACAUUGCAUAUGGUGGUGUUUCUUGUUCCUGGUAGCCCAGUCUACACCAGACUGUUUGUUGUUUACCGCUGAAAAGACCAUCUCUGGAACAAGGAAGUGAAACCGCCUGCUAGGCCAUGUUUGACCUGGGUGUAGCUCAACCGUUAGUUACUCACGUCAUUCUGUGCCUUAACGUUAUAACCAGGCAACUCGGGGUUAUGUCUUUCAUUUAAAGGGGAACCCAGCCUAUAUAUCUGAUUCAUCCACUUCCUAGCUUAUUUAGAGGUUGAGCCGUUGUUGUUUUGAGGUCCAGGAGAAACUUAAAUACCAGGGAGUUUAUUAGAACAUGUUUGUUUCCAUAGUGUGACUGCCACUGGGCUAUUUAGUUCUGUCUUAUGGUAGUGGCUCUCUCCAACCCGUCAGACUGUCUGCCUCUUCCAAACCAACAGGCCUUUCUGCUGUUUACAGUCAAGCAAUAUACAGACAAUCUGACCUAACCUUGGUUUACUUUAAGGAUACAAGUGCUCAGUCUUGUCUGCUGGGAGUUUGCAUAUUAUAUAUAUUUUUGCACAGAAGGAGUUAGACCAUAGACUAUGCUCAGUAUUUAUACUUUUUAGCAAAAUACAUGUUGGUAAUGGAGGUGAUUACUGUUGAGAAUGUACCUGUAACACAUGUUGGUAAUGGAGGUGGUUACUGUUGAGAAUGUACCUGUAACACAUGUUGAUAAUGGAAGUGGUUACUGUUGAGAAUGGACCUGUAACACAUGUUGGUAAUGGAAGUGGUUACUGCUGAGAAUGGACCUGUAACACAUGUUGGUAAUGGAGGUGGUUACUGCUGAGAAUGUACCUGUAACACAUGUUGGUAAUGGAAGUGGUUACUGUUGAGAAUGUACCUGUAACACAUGUUGGUAAUGGAGGUGGUUACUGCUGAGAAUGUACCUGUAACA